AUGGAAAUUGGUUUUGUACAGGACCAAUCCCACUGCACUGACACAGGUUUCAAUACCAUUGAGAACAAGGAUAAGCCCCUUCUUUUAAAGGAACUUAAAAAAUUAUGGGAAAAGCAUGAACCGGAUCUUCCAUGGAAGAGAGGAGAGUAUAACGAAUCAAAUACACUUUUGUUGGAUGAUUCUCCGUAUAAGGCGUUACGCAACCCUCCAAGCACAGCAAUCUUUCCCUAUACAUAUGAGUUCAGGGAUGGGAAAGAUAGAUCAUUAGGACCAGGAGGUAAUCUUCGAGUUUAUCUGGAGAGGUUAGCUUUGGCUGAUGAUGUUCAACAAUAUGUAGAGCAAAAUCCUUUUGGGCAACGACCUAUUACAAAAACCAAUUUAUCCUGGGGUUUCUAUCUUAAGGUUAUUGGCAGUAACUCAUCCCAGCUGAAUGAUAAUGCUAGUAACUCGGCAUCUUUUCAGUAGUAAUGAACCUGACAAUGGACUGUGAAAAAUUAUUUUUGAAACAAAGUUUUGCAACUGUACUGAUGUAGUAGUGGGGAUGUUGUCAUUUGUUAUUGUUGGUCAUCUGUAUGGAGAAGCCAGAGCAAUCCCUAUGACAUGGUGUAAUUCUUCCCCUUCCUGAUCGGGCAUCAUAGCGCUCCAGUUCUACACCGUCACAGGCUGUGGACCAAGCUAUGAUGUAGUCUUUGGCUUCCGUGAGG